AUGAUCACGGGCCUAUGUACCAGUCUUGUCAGCGGCGAUCCAAACACUGGAAUAGUUACACAAGAUUGCAGUUUUCUGAAAUAUCCACCGGACGAUCCUCACCAAAGUACCAUAGCUUAUGUUCUCAAUGAUGUAAUGACGAUGACACCUACUACAUUAGGAUAUAUGUACUUCGAUUCAACUGAUCCAUCUCCUUCUGGUAUUGCUUUUGGGCAUGGAAGUUGCGAGAUGACCUUGUCGCAACAAGAUUGCGCCGCUUGCAUGACCGCCGCGUAUAACGAAAUUCAGUUUCGAUGUGCUGGACAUGGCUUCGUUGAAAUUUUCAUUCGGGUAGAAGAGGCGGAGCAGGAAAGAGGCAUUCUUCAGAUUGAAGGUUGGAUGGUUGGGCUGAACGGGAGCAGGACAGAGGCAACCCAUUUAGGCUUUUGGAAUCUGAGAACCCAAAAAUACUUCGUCUGCACAGAUGGGUACGGCAGAAGGGGGAAAGCGCCCAUAAGAGACGAUGAGUCAAUGUCAUGGAUUUACCGAGGUGCCCAUUCGCGUCCAACAUUGUACGUAGAGGUUGCAAAUGAACCUGUUCAAGAUGUUGGGGAAGGAACUAGUAGUGGUCAGUAUGAUGGUGUAGGGGCUAGUGGUGUUGGUGUAGUACCGUCUAUUUUUGACGACAUCAAUAACAUGGACAAGUCUGAACUGCAUGAGGAUUCUGAUGGGAUCACAAUGUGGGACGGUAAUUGGCAGACGGUUAGACAUGGUGUACAUUUUGCUAACAAGAAAGAGGUACGAACAGCUGUGGGGGAAUGGUCAUUGCGACAGGGUCGGGCAUGUCGGGUAAAAUAUAGCCGUCCCUAUACGUGGGCCACUGAAUGCGAGACUAAAGGGCCGAAGUACCCAGAAGAACUUCUCCACGGCACUACUUGCUUGUGGAAAUGUCGAGCUACCUCGCAAAAAGACACGAAUACUUGGAGAAUGGUGGUAUGGAUCGAGAGCCACAACUGUCUUGGUGCAACCACAAGAAACGAAGCUCGAAACUUGACGUCCACAAUGAUUGCUCGAUUGAUCACAGCCAAUGUCCGAAAAGAUCCAGGUUAUUCAAUCGCGCAGAUCCAAGUCGAAGUAAAUAAGAGAUAUAGGGUCACCCCUUAUUGCAAAAAGGAAUGGCAUGGUCGAAGAAAAGCACUUGACAGUCUGUAUGGCACAUGGGAAAGCAACUUACAACAACUGUCCAAUUUUCAGGAAGCAUUGCUCAGAGCAAACCCAGAUACCCGUAUGCAGAUUAAGUUCACUAAAGAUACCAAGAAUCGGAAGAAGGUAUGCAUGUACAUUUUUUGGGCAUUUGGGCCAGCUAUACAUUUAUUUAGAGCUGCUUGGCCGGUCAUAACCGUCGACGCCACCCACCUCCGAGGUUCAUACAAAGCAAAAUUGAUCGUGGCAUGUGUGAAGUGCUCGAAUAACACAAUUGUUCCCAUCGCGUUUGCCCUCGUGGAUGAAAAGACAUUGCAUAGCUGGAAAUGGUUCCUCAAAUACCUGAAAAAAUUUGUUCUACUUGACAAGGAGACCUGCAUGAUCUCUGAUCGCCAUAUGGGUAUUCUUGCUGCUAUGGAUGUUAUUCUUGAUAAAUUUCCAGGGAUGGGAGUGCACCGUUAUUGUCUGCAGCACAUCAAAACUAACAAGUUGUUUCAGGAAAACAUAGAUGAAAUUAACAAAUGCCAUUCACCCCUCGUGACGAAUCCCAUGAAACGGUAUGACGAAUACCGUAUACAUCAGAUGGGUCACAAGGUUACCAGAUUCCGCAAGAGGAAUCAGAAGUACCAAAUGAUCACGUACUCACUACCUGAUCGGCCAUGGAAGGGUGGAAAUAUCCAUGAGGUAAGCUACGCCGCCAGGAUGUGCACAUGUUACAAGUGGCAGGCAUACAGGUUUCCUUGCUCCCAUGCGCUUGCUGUUGCCAGGUUUCUACGUCAUGAUCCAUUACCCCUUUUUGAUUCAUUUUAUAGUAGGGAACAAUGGGCUAUUCAGUUUUCUAGAGAAUUCAACCCGGUCCUUCAACCAUGGCCACAGGUGACGUGGCAGCUGAGGCCUGAUGAUACAUUACUCGUCCACCAUGCUGGCCCAGGUCGGACGUGUGUGAAUCGAAAGAAAGGACUUAUGGAUUAUACGAAAAAAUUUGGUAACAAGAGAGUUCAAGUUUGCGGUCGAUGUCAUCAAGAAGGCCAUAAUGCCAGUGCAUGCGCAGUUGAGAAAGUUUGCCCGCGAUGUGGAGGAUUUGAUCAUGAUACCUUCAACUGCGCAUUCUCACAUCCAUCUUCAGACAGGACUCCUUUGAAUCAUGCUUACGAUCGAUAUGGAAUACAUGGUGUACCCCGUAUGCAGACUGAUGAUUCUGAUGAUCAAUCUUCAAAAUUCUGA